AGAUCAAUUUCAACGUUCCUUGAGAUCCAAUAUGAAGGUACCGAUUAUUCUGACUAUUGCCCUUGCAGUACUUCUUAUACUAGUUGAUGAGUCAGAAGCAGAUUGUCGUACCAGAUGCAGAAAUCGAUGUAGAAGCAAAGGAUAUAAAUGCUAUUCAGCAUUCGCUUAUGGAAAUCGAUGCACCUGCAGAUGUUUAGAUUGUGCAAGUGUGCAAAAUCUGAAAUUCUCUGAAAAUAAAGGAUCAUCUCAGAUUUUUCCACAGAUGGAUGCGCAUGAGAACAAUGAAUUCGCGGAGAAUACACCGAAAGAACACGCCGAGCAUGGUGAAACUGGCAUAUAACAAGGAGGUCUAAUAAAGUGAU